UUACAGUUAGAUAAAACAAGUUAUUAUUAAGCAAUGGCUACACCGGAAAAACCACCGGAACCCGAAGCACAAAAUCAAGGCGAUCGCGUUAUAAAAGUGAUCAAAUCAGAUAUGGCGCAGGAAUUGCAGUUAUAUGCGUUCGAGGCGGUUAAUUUCGCAAAGGACGUUUAUACUGACAACAAGGAUAUCGCUGCUCACAUCAAGAGGCAGUUUGAUGCUAAAUAUAAUCCAACUUGGCACUGCAUUGUCGGUCGUAGCUUUGCCUCAUAUGUCACUCAUGAGUCACCAUUUUUUAUUUAUUUUUAUAUUGGCUAUUCGGCAGUUCUGUUGUAUAAAUGCGGUUAAGCCAAUAUUUUGCAGUCAAUUACACAUACCAAUAACAUUUCCACUAAAAUAUAAAUUUCACAUCCAAACAAUGUUAAAUGAAUAAAAAAUCGUUAAUAAAAAUAAUUAAAUUAUA